AUGUGGGCUGGGAGGGGCCGCGGCUCCAGCACAGGCACAGCCAGCACUCGGCGAGAGCCACCACCCAGUAUGGCAGAGAAACCCCAAAUCCAGCUCUUCGUGAAGGCAAGUGAGGAUGGGGAGAGCGUGGGCCACUGCCCCUUCUGCCAGAGGCUCUUCAUGGUGCUGCUGCUCAAAGGGGUGCCCUUCACCCUCACCACCGUAGACAUGAAGAGGGCGCUGGACGUGCUGAAGGACUUCGCCCCAGGUGCCCAGCUGCCCGUUCUGCUCUACAACGGCGAGCCCAAGACCGACACCGUGACCAUUGAGGACUUCCUGGAGGACAAGCUGGGCCCCCCCAUGUUCCCCAGCCUGGUACCCCAGUACAGGGAGUCGAGCCUGGCUGGGAAUGACAUCUUCCACAAGUUCUCCACCUUCAUCAAGAACCCAGUGCCUGCCCAGGAUGACGCGCUGCAGCGGAGCCUGCUGCGGGCACUGCUGAAGCUGGACGAGUACCUGAGUGCCCCCCUGGAGCACGAGCUAGCCCAGGACCCACACCUCCGAGUCUCCCAGCGCCGCUUCCUUGACGGGGAGCAGCUCACGCUAGCUGACUGCAACCUGCUGCCCAAGCUCAACAUCGUUCAGGUCGUGUGCCAGCAUUACCGCCGCUUUGGCAUCCCCAAGGAUCUGCGGGGCGUGUGGCGCUACCUCAACAGCGCCAGCGAAACCAAGGAGUUCAAAUACACCUGCCCCAACAGCGAGGAGAUCAUACAAGCCUAUCGCUCUGUGGUCCGCUCGCAGCAGUGAGCCGGGCACAAGCCCAGGUGGGUGCAGGGCCAGGGUCAGGCAGCAGGCCAGCACCUGCCCUGGUCCUGCCACGACCACCACAGUCCUGCCUGCACACACUCAGGAGGGCAGAGAGCAUGAGCUGUGCCCCUGGCACUCUAAUUCCCCCAGCUGGCACCCCUGCCUGAGGUGCCGGCAGCAAUCUGCAUCGCACUGAGCCUGCAAGUGCGUUCUCACCUCUUGUGCCACCCUCCCUGCCCGAACACGACCCCCCUCAACCUGCCCUGAGGUCCCUCAAGCAUCAGGAUGGGUGCAAGGGGGCCACGGCCACCACCUGUACCAAAGCUGGGCAACGCUGAGGGCCAGGGCAGGAGCAGGCGGGGAACAGCUGCCCAGAGCAAAGGGCUGUGGGGUGCAGAGAGGGCAGCACACUCCUGCAGCUCACCAUGCCACCCACCAGGUGAUUGGCAUGAGGCAGGAUGACCCCAGGGAGCUGCACCGGGUGAGGGGGACUGGCACAGUAAUGGCAGAGACCUGGGAACAGCGCUGGGGGGAUGGCAUGGGCGGUGGGCAUGGCCCGUGCCCCGUUACCCUGGGUGAACGGAGCAGAGGGCACCAUCCCCCAGAACCCUCUGUUAGGAAGUUCUCAGGAGCAGAUCUGGGAGAGGGAUGGGGGUGAAGUGGGGCAAGUCCAAGCCAUGUAUCAGAGCUCCUAGAAAUCAAUAAAAGCUUUG